AUGAAAGGGAAAGCAUUAAUUGCAAUAAAGCAGCCAAAAUCUAAGCUUCAAUUUGAAUAUGAACAAAAUCCUCUCGGCAUUAUUAAAGGCAAAACUGAAGAAUUAAAAUGUGUGUCUCCAAGAGAAAGAAAACAAGAAAAUAAAAUUUAUUUAAAAAGUGUCUCCCCAAAUCUACCUUUAAUCCAUCGUCCACAAACAAAUCUAGAAGCCGUCCAAAGCUAUCUAAAUGAGACAUUCUCAGAGCUGGGAGACCAUCCUAAUAGAAAAACACACCAUAAAUUCCACAACCCGUCUCAGCCCGUUAAAUUUGAAAAAAUAACCACAGAGGCCUUGACAAGAUUUACAGAGCAUUGUCAUAAAGUUGAAAGUGAGAAAUUCAAGGAUAUCGAUUUAAAACUAUUUCCUGAAGAUCUUCAUGAAAGAACUGCAUUUGUUCCUGAUGAUAGACCAACAAGAUUGAUUUCAAGCUCUUUUAUGAAUGAAACGACUCAGAAAAGAGAUAAAGAAAGAAAUUUAGAAAAAAAUCGACGAGCAGACACAAGCUUGCUUUCGUAUAUGCAAGAUAGUUUUGAUAAAUCUGAAACUAUCAAUUUUAGAAAAAUAAAAGAAAAUAAAUAAACUCCCAAAUUAUUUUUAAUUGUUUUUUAAAAAUAAAAUAAUUGUUAUUUAUUCAAUAUGAUAAAAAUUCUAGACAAAAGAAGAUAUAGAGAUUGCUCGCUAAAAAACAUAAAUCAAUCUGCAUGGAGUGUAUAUGCCUUUUCAGAGCCAAAAUGAAUCUUUUCAAAUAAACGAAAAAGCUCUUAAAAGAAAAAGUGCAUCUCUUUCUAUAGAAACCAACACAAAAAGAGAUAGGAUUCGAUUACUCGUAAAAACUCUCCUUCCCCAAAUGUAA